UCAGUUUUUACAACAUUUUCGUUCAAUCAUAUGUAUUGAAUAAAUUAAUAUUUAUAAAAAACUCUUCGACCGUUCUUUAGAGGAGGUGUUAAAUUUUUUUAGGAUUUUUACAGAAUUAAAAUCACACUAACCUAAGUCUCACAAUUUUGUCACAGCCGAAGUAUGUUUUUACACGAAGAGUAACUGAAUACUUUUUCCUAAUAUAACUUAACCUGACAUGUGCCUGCGAGUGCGAGAACGCCAAAUUCCGAUAACCAAUUAAUUACGCGACGUUUACCCGGAUCGUCGCGCGUCGACCGGAUGCCGACCAUUUACCGAGAAACAAUAUUUACGAUAAUUAUCAUAUUAUAAUAUUAGUCCAAUAAUAAUAAUAAUAAUGUUUUUCUAUAAUACACCACAAAACUGCAAAUUCACAUUUAGUCAGUCAUAAACCUAGUCCUUACUCCUUACACCACAGUUAUUAUUUUUUGAUUGCAAUUUUUUGAACAUAUUGUGAUUUUUUUUUACCUACGUGUUUUCAAAUAUUUUUAACGAUGGAUAAUACGAAAAAUUGGCGUAUGGGUAAAAAAUCAAAAUGUUUUCCGAGUAAAAGCAGAAAAAAUAAAGGAAAUAUUGCUGCACUUGUAAAAAACAAGAAAACCGAUCUUGUAGUAGGCCAUAAUGACAUUUCCGAAGACAAUGCCCUAACGAUAGCGUGUAGUAGCAGUAAACGACAAUUAGUAACAUCACAGCGUAAUGUCCAGAUAACCACGAAUAUGAAUGACACGGAAGACUUGGCAUUAUCUCUAGAUUUAAAUCAAAGCUGCAAUCUAGCAGAUAUGAAACUGGAAGGAAGACGAAUUGUGGAUAUUAAUUAUAUAUUCAAUACAAUAAAAUCGUUUUCACAUCCAUUUGGAUGCACUUUUAAAAAUUUAAUUUUUACUCAUGAAGUACGUAAUGGAUGCAUAAGUUCAUUUUAUUUUAAAUGUAAUUUUUGCAAUCAAAUAGAGGUGAUACAUUCAGAAGAACCUGGCAACAAAUUUAACACAAAUUUAGCAAUUGUAACAGCAGCAGUGAAUAUAGGACAAGGACAUGCGCAGAUAGAAGAAUUGGGAGCUAUCUUAAACAUGCCAGUUAUGUCUAAUGGUAAAUAUCAAUUAUUGCACAACGAAAUUGCUACGUACUUCAAUGAGAUAUCUUGGGAAGAAAUUGAACUAGCUGGUAAGGAAGAAGCAAAUAUUGCAAUACAAAAUAAUGAAGUUGAUGUCAGUGGUAGACCAAUGAUAGCAGUGAUUGCAGAUGGUGCUUGGUCUAAACGCUCUUACAAAACGAAAUACAAUGCACUUUCUGGAGUUGCCUGCAUAAUUGGAGCUAAAACAAAAAAAGUUUUAUUCAUUGGCGUAAGAAAUAAGUAUUGUUGUAUUUGCCAGAGAGCGUCUAAAAAUAAUUUAGAUCCUAAAGAACACCUUUGCUUCAAAAAUUGGAACUUGCCUUCAACCGCUAUGGAAGCAGAUAUUAUUGUAGAAGGUUUUAAAAGAAGUAUUGAUAUGCAUAAUCUGAUAUACUCUAAGCUUAUAGGUGAUGGAGAUAGCAGCGUGAUGAAAAGACUACAUCUAGCUAAACCAUACGGGUAUAAUUUUGUGAUUAAAAAAAUUGAAUGUUCCAACCAUAUACUGCGCAAUUAUGUAAAUAAAUUAAAAGACAUAUCUACUAAAAGAAGAACUACUAGAGGCGUAAAUAUUCCGGGAAAUAUAAGACAAGCAAUAAAAGAUAGAAUUCUUAGACUUAGGUAUGCAAUAACAGAAGCUGUAAAAUAUAGAAAAUAUCAAGAAGAUAUAUCAUUUGAACAUAAAUUAUUAAAUUUAAAAAAAGAUUUAAUAAAUGGGCCAAGUCAUGUUUUUGGCGAUCAUACGAAUUGUCAGUUUUACUUUUGCAAAGGACAAAAAGACGGCGAAAUAAAUUUAGUGCCACAGAUGAAAUCGUUAGGUAUUUGGGAAGAAUUAGUUGCAGCGAAAAGUCUUGUAUUAUAUCAUGCUGAAAGUUUAUUGUACAAAGUAAGUAAUAAUGCAGCAGAGUCGUACAACUCAAUUUUAGCGAAAUUUAUUGGUGGUAAGCGAGUAAAUUUUUCUCUUCGUGGAUCGUAUAAUUUACGGUGCAACGCUGCAGUAACAUCCUAUAAUGCAGGACCUAGACGUUUGCAUUUGUUACAUAAAAAAAUUGCAAAACACAGUCCGGUAUUCAGAGAAGUAAACGUCGAUUAUUCAAUCCUCCAGUUUACAAAACAACAAUAUCGGGACCAGAUCAGCAUUACGGAGCAACAGCAGACAUAG